AUUUGGCUUUAUAUGUUUGUUCUUUUGCACAUCACUUUCUGAGAGUGGUUGAUGACUUGGUAUGAGUGGUCCGGGGCUUUUACCUUAUAAAGCUACUUUGGGCUUUUAUUGAGAGAUUUAUUUUGAUUUCCCAAUAAUUUGUUUAUUUUUGCAGAGUAGAAGAUCUAUACAGAGAUUUCUAAGCAACAAUGGCUGCAGAAACAUUGAAGGUUGAAAUCAUUCACAAAGAAACUAUCAAACCCUCUUCUUCAACUCCUCACCAACUUAGAACUCACAAGCUAUGUCUUAUUGAUCAGUUUACUCCUGUUAUGUAUGUCCCACUGCUUCUCUUCUAUCCCAAUAAUGAUCUUGGCGACAAUGGUGUUCCUGAUGAUCAUUCAGAAAAAACCCAGAAACUUAAAAAAACUUUAUCAGAAACUCUCACUCAUUUUUAUCCAUUAGCUGGAAGAAUCAGAAAUUCCGAUUCCAUAGAGUGUAAUGAUAAUGGGGUUGAAUUUGUGGAGGCCAAAAUCAAUUUUCCAUUGACAAAGAUCUUGGAAAAACCAGAUGCCCAAUUUCUGAGACAAUUUCUUGCAGUUGUGCCAGAGAGCAAAGAAGAAGCAAGCAGAGGCCCUUUGCUUGUGGUCCAAGCAACCUUCUUCCAAUGUGGUGCUACUGCCAUUGGUAUAAGCUUUUUACACAAGGUCAUGGACAUAGCCUCAUUGACCAUAUUCAUCAGAAGCUGGUCUGCAAUAACUCUUGGUUUGGAUCAGAUUGUGGUUCCUGAAUUCAGUGCUGCCUCGCUUCUCCCGCCUGCAGAUUUCUCGAACUGUUUGGAGCCUCCGGUGGUGGAAAUGGUUCAAGGAAAGUGUAGAACAAGGAGGCUAGUGUUUGAUGCAUCAAAGAUUUCUGCUUUACAAUGUAAAGCUGCAAGUGAGAGUGUGAAAAAUCCAACAAGAGUUGAAGCUGUUUCUGCAUUCCUUUGGAAAUCUGCAAUGGAAGCUUCAUCAUCUCCAUCAUCAUCAUCAAAGGGUAAUUAUCCAAGCAGGCAUUCUUUGUUUUAUCAGACGGUUAACAUUCGUCCGAGGACUAAUCCUCCAUUGCCAGAGAACCUUGUUGGGAAUCUCUUGGAGAUCUUUCCAGCAAAGACAGAUAAUAGAAGUGGAUCUGAUCUGAAAGACUUGGUUGCAAAGCUGAGGAAAGGAAUGGAAGAAGUUAAAGAAAAUUAUGCCAAAGGAAUUGAUGUGGAAGAGAUUAAGAAAGCACUUGAAGGUUUUGGAAGCCAAUUGGUAGAAAACAAUUAUGAAACUGAUGAAUAUAGUUUCAGCAGUUGGUGUAGGUUUCCAUUUUAUGAGAUUGAUUUUGGAUGGGGAAAACCAAUAUGGGUGAGUAGUUGCAGUAUGGGAUUCAAGAAUUUCAUUGUUCUAAUGGACAGCAGAGAUGGUGAUGGAAUAGAAGCUUGGUUGAUUCUUGAAGAAAAAGACAUGGAAUUUGUUGAAAGAAACCAGGAAUUGCUUGCUUUUGCUGCCUUGGAUCCAAGUGUUAUUUAGUCACAUGUAUUUCAGUAAUAUUCGUUUUUUUUUUUUUUUUUUCUUCCUGUAAUUUGUUUCUGAUUAUGAGGAAAAGUUGAACAACAAAUAUGCAAAUAAAAAGAAAAAUAUUAUGCA